AUGAGGAACGGGGCUGCCCGCCAGACGCGUGCAUGCGCUAACGGGGCUGCGGAGGGACAGCCAGUUUGCAGUUGCGGAGAUAGGUUCGAGUAUGGUGCACUGCAGGUUCGCUACGGACCCUCAGUCGAAAUAUCGGCUGAUUCCCCUGAGGCUGCAGCUAUCCUCUCCGACGGAUAUAACGCAGAAUCCAGAGAUACGCAGGCAGUUGUUGAACGCCUCCGCAGGGAGGCCCAAGGCUCGAGAGUGCCUGUUGAGACAGUCCUCGAUGCCCUAUUCCCUCCCAUAGUGUGGCGUGAGGGGGACCGUCUGUUUGUACAACACGUCAGCACAGCAGCAGCAGAUCGCGUAGACGUUCUAAAAACUCGUGAGGACUUAGACGUACAACUUUUAGAACGCCGUGCUUCAGAGACUGGAGUUUGUGCAUGCCGCUACGACGCAAUCCUUCAGUGUUUUGACGAACUCAUUCGCCAAGUCGCAAUUCUCUGCCCUGAGAGAGCACUUUUGCUAUUGAGAGUGAAAGACGAAAUUAAGCUUACCAUAUCAGCUCUCGAAGUACUCUGCAAGAGUUCAAUCGGUUUUUCUGCUCUUAAGCAAAUACAAAGCCAUGCCACGGACUCAGAUGUCACUCAGGAGCAGGCAAGCGCUUCCCUUGAAGUACCUCUCUGA